GAUAUAAACUUUAUGGUUUUUUCUUGAGUUCUUGAUUGGUAAAUGGAGAGACCUUUGUUCUAGUUUUCUCUUAUCAUUUGGGUGUAACAAAUUUUGCAAUAACGUUUGUAUCUUUCCUGCCUCUGUUUAUAUAUUUAUUUUUCCAAAGAAUUGAAUUUCAGCCUUUGCUGCUUUCUUGGUCUAGCUGUAUAUUUGAGCUGAUCGAUAUACAUCAUAUCAGUUUCAAGAUUUUUUGAAACAAUGAAAAGAAAAAGGACAAAUUUUGAGAAGGAAAAGGAACUGCCAAAGUGUGAUUGUAUACUGUCUGUGUUGCAUCAUAUUGAGCUGUCAUAAAAAGAAGGGGGUAGGGGAGAGGGAGUAUAGUUUUACUUGUUUGAAUGAUGAAGAUAAGAGGUUUAUCAGUGGCUGCCUCUCUGGAUUCUCCUGAUCCACUUUCGGAAAGGAGCCUUAUAGAGGAUAAUAAUAACAGUAGCCAAGGUGGGGAAAGAAACAUCUUAGAUCAUCAAUCAAUUUUGCUGGAUCACGUCUCCAGUUCUUUCAGAAGAGAAGUAGUUAACAGAUCCUUUUCCAUGAAAGCUGUAAAUAAAAAUGAUGAAGAUUUGGAAAAUGGGAUGUUGGAGAAAGAUGCAGAGAAGUCAGUACGCAGCAAUAAAGUUGUCACCGUACACAAUAAGGCCUUGCUAUCCGGAGUCGCUUAUUGUAUUUCGUCCUGUAGCAUGAUAUUAGUGAACAAGUAUGUACUCUCCAGCUAUGACUUUAAUGCAGGGAUUUCAUUGAUGCUCUAUCAGAAUUUUGUCUCGGUGGUGGUGGUUUCUAUCUUGAGACUUUUUGGGGUAAUUUCUACAGAGCCACUCACUUGGAAGCUAGUCAAAGUCUGGUUGCCUGUUAAUGUUAUAUUUGUUGGGAUGCUUAUAACAAGUAUGUUCAGUCUAAAGUACAUCAAUGUUGCUAUGGUCACUGUCCUGAAGAAUGUCACUAAUGUGAUAACUGCUGUUGGUGAGAUGUAUUUAUUCAACAAAACCCACGAUAACAGAGUUUGGACUGCCCUUUUCCUGAUGAUUAUUUCAGCAAUUUCUGGAGGAAUUACAGAUCUUUCUUUUCAUGCCAUUGGUUAUACAUGGCAGAUUAUUAAUUGUUUCUUGACAGCGUCAUAUUCUUUGACUCUACGCAGGGUCAUGGACACUGCCAAGCAAGUGACUAAAUCCGGGAACCUGGACGAGUUCUCAAUGGUUCUGCUAAAUAACACGCUUUCACUGCCUUUAGGCAUUUUUCUUAUAUUAGUAUUCAACGAGGUGGACUACCUUUCUAGAACGCCACUAUUACAAUUGCCAACAUUCUGGUUGGUAACAACCUUUAGUGGAUUUUUGGGCUUAGCAAUUAGCUUCACAUCUAUGUGGUUUCUUCACCAAACAAGUGCCACCACUUAUAGUCUUGUGGGAUCACUAAAUAAGAUACCACUCUCUGUUGCUGGUAUUUUCCUCUUCCAUGUCCCAACAAGUCUGGAGAACUCUGCCAGUAUAUUCUUUGGCCUCUUGGCUGGAGUAUUUUUCGCCCGAGCAAAGAUGCAGGAGAAAUCUCGAUCUUGAACAGUGGAAACUAACACCCUUUCAAUUGUAUAUUAGCUUUUUCCUUGAUUGUAAAGCAAAAAUGUGACAUGAUCAAUCAAUUCAAGAGAUAGAUCAAGAUUUUCAUUCAUCAAUGGACCUGCCUAUUCUGAUAUAAACCUCUUUACUGUGGCUGCUGA